UGAAAGAUCCUUUUUAGGACCCACCCACCCGAUUCUCAACUCGCUCUUAUUGUUCUUCAGAAACAAAACCCUCUCUUGAACCCUCACUUCCCAACCUUCUUCUUGCUGACUCGCUCGAUAUGUAUAGAGUACACCGCUUCUCCCUCUCCACAAUCCACCGCCCUCUCCACCGCCAUUUCUCUCAAUCCGCCGCCGCACUAGCCACCACCGAAGAACUAAACAUACCCACCAAUCUAGAUGAAUUCCCAAAACCUGAUCCAGCAGAGACAAUUCACGCCACCCCACGCUCUACAUCAGGCAAACGCAUAGCAGUGAAUGAGAGAAAAGCAGGGAGAGUACCCAGCAUUGUUUUCGAGCAAGAAGACGGACAAAAUGGCGGCAAUAAAAGAUUGAUUUCAGUCCAAACUAAUCAGAUUAAGAACAUGGUUAAUAAGCUUGGCAGAUCUUUCUUUUUGUCCAGGCUUUAUAAUCUUGAAGUUAGGCCCGAGUUUGGUUCGGGUGAAAUCAUUGAGAAAGUUAGGGUUUUGCCUAGAUUGGUUCAUUUGCAUGCGACAUCUGAUUUGCCUAUCAAUGCGACGUUUAUAAGAGCACCAUCUGAUGCUCUAUUGAAAGUUGAUGUGCCUCUUGUUUAUAGAGGUGAAGAUGUAUCUCCUGGUCUCAGGAAAGGUUCUUAUCUAAAUAUCAUAAAGAGGACGGUGAAAUUCCUUUGUCCUGCAGAUAUGAUUCCUCCAUAUAUUGAUGUGGAUUUAAGUGAACUUGAUGUCGGCCAAAAGGUUGUAAUGGGAGACCUUAAGGUUCAUCCUGCUCUUAAGCUUCUUAAGCCAGCAGAUGAAGCUGUUGUUAAGAUCAUGGGAGGCAGAGUUUCAGACCAGAAAAAGUCUAAAUAAACACUUGCGAAGUGAACAUUUACGGCUAAUGUGAAUGAAUUACAACCACCGCUCUAGUUUGAGCUUUCAGAAGUGUUGGCAACCCUCUAUUUCUCGCAACAUUGCUGCGAGAACACUAGCAAGCAGGUGUAUACAAUCUUAGGCUGGCAAUCCUUUUUGUUUUGCCCUUCCUUUUCUUUUUCGAUUCUUAUGGAGAACCGGUGGAGGUCAGUACAAGAAAUAAUUCUGUUGAUCUUGUUACAGUGACUAUAUUAAUAUCCACAAUAUGGAUGUUUUGCUGCUGAUUUUAGCAUACAAAUGUGUUUGUCUUUAGAAUUUCGGUCCUAAUUUAAUCAAAUACCUAACGUUCUCUAGCAUAGCUGCGUGAGAAAUAAAGCGUUGGUGCAAUUUUUUUUAA